GACCAAGACGCGGCUCUAUUUCAGCACCGCCGCGGCGCUGUGGGAGGCCGAGUUCUACGUCAAGGUCGACGACGAUGUUCAUGUCAAUUUGGGUACAUUGGUGACAACACUUGGAAGGCAUCGAUCUAAAUCCAGAACUUACAUAGGGUGCAUGAAGUCAGGUCCAGUUCUCUUUCAAAAGGGAUUGAAGUAUCACGAGCCAGAGUACUGGAAAUUUGGAGAAGAAGGGAACAAGUAUUUCAGGCAUGCCACUGGCCAAAUCUAUGCCAUCUCCAAGGACCUUGCAACCUACAUUUCACUUAAUUUCCCAAUAUUACAUAGGUAUGCAAAUGAAGAUGUGUCAUUGGGAGCGUGGUUCAUUGGCUUGGAAGUCGAACAUGUCGAUGAUCGUUCCAUGUGUUGUGGGACACCUCCAGAUUGCGAACCAAAAGCAAAUGGAGGGAACGUGUGCGUGGCAUCUUUUGAUUGGUCGUGCAGUGGGAUCUGUGAAUCCGUAGACAGGAUAAAGGAGGUCCAUAAUUUAUGUGGAGAAGGCAAGGGGGCAAUAUGGAACGUCGACGUUUAAUGUAUCUAUUUAGAAGAGARAGGGGUUUGUUAAAGUUAAAUAACCACAAAGAACACCUAAUUGAGAAUAUGCAAAAAUGAUCCAUUUUUGCUUUGCCUCUACACUCUCCUUUCUAUUUUCAUCAACAAAUUAAAUAUUUAUGACA